GCUACCCACUACUAGCCGCCAAUCAGAGCCAGCGUAAAAUAUCUCUCUUGCCUUCACGCCUAAAACCCUAAACGCCCCCAACCCGAAACCCUCACCUCAAUCUCUCGAAUUCAGUUUGUAAGGAUCGAGAUGGGUGCGAAAGCGAAGAAGGCGUUGAAGAAGAACCUAAAGAAGGCUGUUUCUCUUCGUACGAAUGAGCCUACUGAUUUUUUGCCGUUAGAAGGGGGUCCAGGCCAAAGAAUACCUGAAGAACCUGUGGAGAAUACGGCGACUGUUUUGUACAUUGGCCGUAUACCUCAUGGGUUUUAUGAGGAGCAAAUCGAAGGCUUCUUUAAGCAAUUUGGCAAGAUCAAGAGAUUUAGGAUUGCGAGAAACCGAAAGACUGGAAAAUCAAAGCACUUUGGAUUCAUUGAGUUUGAGAACCCAGAGGUUGCCAAGGUUGUAGCUGAUGAGAUUAAUGGUUAUCUACUAUUUGAGCACAAUCUUCAAGUGAAGCUUAUGCCUCCAGAACGUGUUCAUCCAAAGUUAUGGGUUGGAGCAAAUCGGAAAUUCAGCCCAUUGAAUUCGAGGGAAAUUGAGCGCAAGCGUCAUAACAAGGAAAGAACCCUUGCUGAACAUCAGAAAAUGGUAAAAGGAAUUUUGAAACGAGAUGAGAAGAGGCGUAAGCGGAUUGAAGCUGCUGGCAUUGACUAUGAAUGCCCAGAACUGGUGGGCGAGAAACAGCCUGCUCCAAAGAAAAUCAAGUUUACUGAUUGAAGAUGAAGACUAGAAGAUUUUUGUCGAAGGACUGGGAUUUUUCUUUUUUAAAUCUCCACAACAAUCUUUUGCAUACAGUUCUCUAUUAAGCAUGGGGUGAUGUUCGGAUCCUUGUAAUGUGGAGAAAUUUGGGAUGGAUGAUGUUUCUAACUUAAAAAAAAUCUCCCCUUUACAUGUAGCAUUUAAUGACUUAAAAUUGACUAAGAAAAUUGAGACGCUCUUAAGUUCUUGAAGGAAAAUUGAAUGAUUGUUUUGA